AGCAUUUCCAUAGUCAGUUUGUACGAGCCGGCAAUCCAUUCUGCUACGUGCACCUGUGAGUUUUUAUGGACACAUUCAACAAGAGGUGUGCUUAAUAGCCAAAGCGUUCUCGAUGUCUGUACAAAGUGACAAGAGAAGUAACAGAACGUCUCCCGUCGACAAAAAUAGGGGAACCACAGACAACAACGGUAAAGGGUAUUCUUACUCGGACAAUGAAUCGACAUCGACUGGCAGCAGUGAAUCAGCAAUCUCCAAUGUCAAGAAGGAGGCAACUGAUCCAAAUGAUACACCGUCUACAGUAAAGGUCAAACGACUAUCCAAAAGCCUAAGAAAAAAGUUCUUCCACCACUUCCCUAACAUUGAAGACGACGAAGAAGUAUUAGGCCGGUAUGCCUGUGCUCUCCAAAGUGAGAUAUUAUUACAGGGAUAUUUAUACAUUACCACAAACUACUUUGGGUUCUAUUCCAAUGUCUUUGGAUUCGUCACAAAGCUGCUUAUACCAAUACUCACAGUUCAAGACAUAACAAGGGAAAAAACGGCAAGGAUAUUUAACAAUGCCAUUGGCAUUGUAACGUCAGAACAGAAGCAUGUAUUUGCAAGUUUCAUAUCAAGAGAUAGCGCUUUGGAGUACAUGAGAUCAGUGUGGGAGAAAGCAAAGAGCGAGGCGGAGCUCUUGGAAAAGGAAAUCAGUGCACAAGGCCUAGAUUACAAUGAGUUAGAAGAAGAAGAUGAGGUUGAUCAUGGAGAAACAUCUGAUCCUGAAAAGACUCAUUUGAAAGGUUCACGUAAAGCAUCCAUAGCACUUACGAAAGCACCAAGGACCAUCAGGUACUUUAAGAAGAAGCAGCAAAGGAUUAUUUUACUUGCCACCAUAGCGUUACUAGUGACACUAUACACAUCUGCAAGCCUCCUGUUGUAUCGAAUAAGUCAAAUGCAAAACAAGUACUCUAUCGCCCUAGAAGAUGUCAAAAAUUCAGACUCUCCCAGUGUUUACCGGGAUAUAUUAGAGCUACAGACGGAGCUACAUUCUAAGUCCGACGGGGCGGUGUUCGACUACUUGGAUUCCAAUUUGAACCAAAUUGCAAAGGUAAAGAAAUCAUUGGAAACUCUGUCUUCCCUGUUAUUAGACACGAGUCAUUCUAAUGCAGAGUACAACUCAAGACAACAGGAACCAGCAAAAUCUUGAGGAUCUCCAACAGCUUUUUCUGACUUUUUGAUAAACGUAAGAAAAGUUUCUAGAAAAAUCACAUGGGGAGUAGACACUUAAGAACUAUUAAGUUAAGCUUAAGACACACAAUAAAGACGAGACAAAUAUUUUAAUAUUUAUUAGAGUUGUAGGUUUCUAGUAAUUGUGGUACAUGUGUUUUAGCUUUAUUGACUUUCUAAAGUAAUCUACAUAGCUUACAUAUGACUAUAAAUACAUGGGAAGGAAAGAAACGGUGACAGUAGACUAUUUCCAUACUUUUAUGACUAUUUUCUCUUAUAAUUUGAGUACUUAAACUUUAGCUUUAUAAUUUUAAGAAAAAUAAUUAAAUUAUUGAUGAAGAAAUGAUGCUUGUAGAAUACUAGAGUUUAUUUAUGUGAUAACUGAUAAGCUUUUUCUUAUUAUAGAUACAGAUAUUAUUCUUCCUUUGGAGAACUAAAUAGAAAUAUUUUUAAAUAUAUUUUUUUAAUACACUGCUUUUUAUUCAUUUAUUUUUUAUAAUUGGCGGCUAUACACAUCAGUUUGUUGUAUUGGUAUUUAGUAUGUUUUCCAGAGUAAUACAUUUAUUACCUUACUGUAUCCUUACUGCCCUUCUAACAAUACAAGCAUAUAAGAAUAAUAUCUAUAAAACUAUAAACGACAAAGCUACUUAUUAGAAAUGUUCUAAGAAUCUGUGAUAUUUUUACAAAUAAAUUGCCUAAUUUA